AUGAAGGUCACCACCCUUUCCGCCCUGUCCAUGCUUGCUGGUGCUGAGGCUGCUGAGACGAUUCUUGGAGCCUACAUCUUCCACCGUCAUGGUGACCGUACACCCAAAGCUCUGGCUCCAACCAAUCUAACUUCUCUGGGAUACGAGCAAGUCUACACUUCAGGGUCCUACUACCGCUCACGCUAUCUGUCAGGUGACUCUAAGAUCCGCGGCAUGAACAAAGAUACUGUCAAGCUCUCCCAGCUCUCGGUCACUGCGCCCGUCGAUAACGUCUUGCAAAACUCGGCCAUGGGCUUUUUGCAGGGCUUGUACCCUCCUGUUCAGACCGUACAGACCCUCGCCAACGGCAAGAAUGUCCAGGCUCCGAUGGAUGGAUACCAAUUGAUCCCAGUGAAUACUGUUUCAACGGGUGCUGGUUCCGAGGAUGCAGGGUGGCUGCAGGAUGCCUCGAGUUGCCAGAAUGCGAAGACGAGCUCUAAUGCUUUCUUCGACAGCAAGGAGUACAAGGAUCGCGCAUCGGGCACGAAAGACUUCUACUCUUCGAUUGUCCCCUCGAUCAAUAAUGUCAUCAGCGAGGAUCAAGUCACCUUCAAGAACGCUUAUGUCGUCUACGACAUCAUCAACGUCGCCAAGAUCCACAACUCAUCAAUCCCCAGCUCAGACGUGCUCACCAACUCAACCCUUCUCCAACUGCGCACUCUCGCCGAUGCGCAUGAAUGGGGCCUUGCCUACAAUGCCUCAGACAGCAUGCGCGCCGUCUCUGGCAUGCAGCUCGCCGGCGAAGUGCUAAAGUACAUGAACGACAUCAUCUCGUCUAAAGGCAGCAAGAAAUUCGGCGUCCAGUUCGGCGCCUACGCUACCUUUCUCUCUUUCUUCGGCCUUGUCGACCUGCCCAAGACGAACACCGACUUCACCGGCGUGGUAGACUACGCGAGUUCCAUGUCCUUUGAGCUCUUCACUGAUUCGGAUGUGUCGGGCGGGUUCCCCAGCGCGGACGAUCUGCAGGUCAGGUUUCUGUUCCACAAUGGCACGGCGAGUAAUAGUAGCCAACCGACUGUGUACCCUCUCUUUGGCGGUACCGCGAACACGGUUUCUUUCAACGACUUUCAGAAUAAUUUGAAUAAGUUCGCUAUCAGCACUACGGAGCAGUGGUGCACCAAGUGCGGCAACUCAACGGGUUCCUGCGCCGCGUACGCCAAUAACGCCAACAACGGGGCGAGCACGCAAGCGAAUAGCAGUGGCAGCGGUUUGAGCCCAGCAAUUGGCGGUGUCAUUGGUGCUUUCGUUACGCUGGCUGUCGUGCUGGGCGCCUUGGUUGCUUUCAUGCUCAUCGGUGGAUUUAGACUGGUGAGCAAGAAGAGGCUGGCGAGUGGUGGUGUGCAGGGCACGAACACGGAGCCAAAGGCGUAA